UAUGAUCAAAACCCUUUCGCAAGUACAUCACACCGACUCUGGCUUGUCGCGCACCGAAGUAGUAAUUCGGUGCUUAGCGGUGCGAGAAUUGUGAGCGGGAUUUAUGUUGUUUAUAUAUAUCCUGUCACUGUAUAUGUGUAACGGUUGCUGGUGCCCAUAUAAGUCGGCGGCAAUCGCGUUAUUCGGCGCUCCGGUUGCUUCCGCUCUUCGAACAAAGCAUCGUCAUUCCCGAGAAUUGCGGUUUACUUCCUUCCGCCGCUCCCCGGCGACCUUCCGGUGCUCUCCGUUCGGGUUUCAAGUAGUUACGGUGCGAUUGGAAGUGGGUAAUGGCCUCUUCAGAGGACGAGGGCGAGGCAGUGCCACAUAGUGUCUCGAACUACCAUUUUGUUAAUGACAAGGACGAGCCCGUUUCGUUUUCACAGUUGCCAGUUCGAUGGAAUGAUGGCGAGGGACUGGAUGGCGAGAGAAAACAGAUAUUCCUUCAUGGGGACACUGACAAUGGGCUUCAGAAAAUCCAUAAGCAGGUCAUGGCAUGGAAGUUUGAUCUUUCUGACGAAAACCCCCAGAUAUUGGUGCUAUCUAAGGAAAACAAUUGGAUCAAGCUUCAAAAGCCUAGAAAGAGUUUUGAGGAUACAAUUAGGACAAUCUUGAUCACUGUGCACUGCCUAUACUUCGUAAAGAAGAAUCCUGAAUUGUCAAGGAGAUCUCUGUGGGAUCACUUGUCUAAAGUUUUCAGAUUGUAUGAGAUCAGACCUUCUGAGAAUGAUCUGAUAGAUCAUGCAAAUAUAAUUAGUAAAGCUGUUGAGAAGGAUGAAAUAUUAGCAAAAUCCAAGUUUUUAGUUACUUUUCUUGAGGAGAAGCCCCGGAAGAAGAAAGCUUUGGAUGAGGACCUUGGGGCCACAGCAAACUUUAUUGUUGAUGAUGAAAUGAUUGAUGAAUUGGAAGAAUCUGAUGGGUCUGAUGAAGAAGAUGACUUAUUUGAUUCGGUUUGUGCAAUUUGUGAUAAUGGUGGAGACAUAUUGUGUUGUGAAGGGAGGUGCAUGAGGUCGUUUCAUGCCACUGUAGAAGCUGGUUCUGAUUCUUCAUGUGAAUCUCUUGGCCUUACGAAUGAACAUGUGGAGGCCAUCCAAAACUUUUUCUGUAAGAAUUGUCAAUAUAAGCGGCACCAGUGCUUCUGCUGUGGGGAAUUAGGUUCUUCUGAUAAAUCGUCGGGUGCCGAGGUCUUUCCCUGUGUUUCUGCAACCUGUGGACGUUUUUACCAUCCACGUUGUGUUGCAAAACUGCUCCACCGGGAAAGUGCAGCUGAAGUAAAAGAGCUUCAGAAGAAGAUUUCUGAUGGGGAAUCAUUUACAUGUCCCAUCCAUAAAUGCUUCAAAUGCAAGCAGGGUGAAAAUAAGAUGGAUCCUGAUUUGCAAUUUGCUGUCUGCAGACGUUGUCCUACGUCGUACCACAGAAAAUGCUUGCCAAGGAAGAUUGCUUUUGAAGACGUGGACGCUGAGGGAAUCAUACAAAGGGCUUGGGAAGAUCUUAUUCCCAACCGUAUUUUGAUAUACUGCUUAGACCAUGAUAUUGAUGAUGAACUUGGAACUCCUAUUAGAAUGCAUAUAAAAUUUCCGGAUGACGGACAAAAGAAUAAAAAACAAGUAUCAGAGAAGCUCCAAAAGAAAGAGGGAGUUGUGCAAAAAAAGUAUCCUCUGGACUCAGCAGAUGCUUGCAGAAAGAGCUCUCUUGGGAAAGUACAGAAAGGGGUGGAUUUUCCUUCAAUAAAAGCAGGGGAUGGUUCUUCUAAAAAGAGAGCGGAAAGAUUGACUUUGCCGGAUCCGCCAAAGAAGCAGAAAGUGGGGGAUGCAUCUGUAAGGCCUUUGAACAGAAAUGCCUCUGUCAAAGUCACCAAGUCCACUGAUGAAAACAAGGUUUCCUUGGGGGAUCAGCUGUACAAUAAUUUUUUCGGCAACGGUUCUGUGUCAGUCAAAUCUAGGAAGGAGGAUACACCCGACAGUGAACCUAAGCAAACCCUGACUGAUAAGCCUCUUGCAAAGGAAAAGGGUGUCUCACUACCCCUCGAUGAUGCUUCAAAACAAAGAAUAUUGGCGUUGGUGAAAGAUGCUGGAUCUUCGAUAACACUGGAAAAGAUCAUAGAAAAUCACAAAUUGCCAACAACCUAUGGCUACUCAUCAAGAAAUGUUGUGGAUAAGUCCCUUACCUUGGGAAAGGUGGAGGUUUCUAUUGAGGCUAUUUCUGCAGCUUUGAAAGAGCUAGAAGAAGGUUGCAGUGUUGAAGAUGCAAAAACCGUGUGUGAACCUGAGCUUUUGAACCAGAUAGUUAAGUGGAAGAACAAGCUAGGAGGGUACCUGUCCCCAUUUCUCAAUGGUGCACGCUAUACAUCUCUUGGACGCCAUUUUACAAAAGUGGACAAGCUGAAAGAGAUAGUUGAUUUGCUCCACUAUUAUGUGCAAGAUGGGGAUAUGAUGGUUGACUUCUGUUGUGGAUCAAAUGAUUUCAGUUUGCUUAUGAAGGAUAAGCUUGACAAGAUGGGGACAAGGUGCUCGUACAAAAACUACGAUCUUGUUCAAGCAAAGAAUAAUUUUAACUUCGAGAAGAGGGAUUGGAUGACUGUUAAAACGGACGAAUUGCCAACAGGGUCCAAAUUGAUCAUGGGGCUAAAUCCUCCUUUUGGCAAAAAUGCUAAAGAUGCAAAUAAGUUCAUCGACAAGGCACUCAAGUUUAAGCCGAAGCUCCUUAUCUUAAUUGCUCCUCCACAAACAGAAAGGUUGGAUAGAAAGGAUCCUCCGUAUGAUCUGAUCUGGGAAGACGAUGAGAUGCUUGUUGGCAAGUCAUUUUAUUUGCCUGGAUCUGUUGAUGUGAAUGACAACCAACUGGAUGAUUGGAAUUCGACUACAUCGCUACUCAACCUCUGGAGUCGCCCUGAUUGGACUGCAAAACACAAGGCGAUUGCUCAACGGCACGGACACUUAUCCAGAUUACAAGAACGUACAAAUUCAAAAACUCAGCACGAAACGCUGGUUUCUGAUAAAGCAAUGGAAGCCCAUGAUCUAGAUGGUGAAAUUCCUAUGUCGAUUGAGGAUCAUCCUGUUCAGAAUGAUGCAACAGAAGCACUUGUUUUGGAAAGUCCCAAAGAAGGCUUCCCUUUUGAUAACGAGGAGAGAGAAGUUUGCAACCACGGUAAUAGUGGCCGUGGGAAAAAUCGUUCUAACGAGGAUUCAAAGAAGAGAACACGUGUUACAAAUUCAGAAACUCAGCACAAAACGCUGGUUUCACAUAAAGCAGUUGGAGCCCAUGAUCUAAAUGGUCAAGUUCCUAUGUCGAUGGAUGGUCAUCCUGUUCAGAAUGAUGCGAGAGAAGCACGUGUUUUGGAAAGUCACAAAGAAGGCUUCCCUUUUGAUAAAGAGAAGAGAGAAGUUCACGAGAAGCACAGUAAUAUUAGCCACAGGAAAAAUCAUUCUAAUGAGAUUCACGAGCACAGUAAUAGUAGCCGCAGGAGAAAUCAUUCUAAUGAGGAGGUUCGUGAGCACAGUAAUAGUAGCCACAGGAAACAUCGUUCUAAUGAGGAGGUUCGCGAGCACAGUAAUAGUAGCCACAGGAAAAAUCAUUCUAAGGAGGAGGUUCAUGAGCAUAGUAAUAGUAGAGACAGGAAAAGCCGUUCUAAUGAGGAUUCAAAGAAAAGCCGAGGUGAUAAACGCAAGAGUGGGAGAGAAUCAAGUGAAACGUCACCAGCAUUCAAAGAUAGAGGACUAAGUCAAGAGAGAGGACAAAGUCCUCUUAGUGAGACAUUCGAUAAACUUCCUCGCCUAUCCCCUCCCAUUGUUAGUCAUGGAAGAUCGCUAGCAGAUGGUCGUUCGUCAGAACCUCCAGAAUUUGGGCACUUUCUAACUGGAUAUGGAGAGAAUCGGGUAGAUGACAUUGAUAGGGGGUACAGCUUGAGCCGCGAGGAACAUGUUCCAGGUGCGACCCGCCGAUGGCCAAGCGGCGCUAGUCCCAUUCGCAGUCGUGAUCUUGAUUAUGGUAGUGGUCUUGGUCGUGUUCUUGAUUAUGGGGUCAGGAAUCUGGCGGAAACUGAGGAACAUGUUCCAGGUGGGGCCCGCGAAUGGCCAAUCGGCGCUAGUACCAAUCCCAGUCGUGGUCUUGAUUAUGGGGUUGGGAAUCUGGUGGCACAGUUUCCAGGUUAUCACAGAGAUACCACAGAUAAUCAUGGCCAUCGGUCUUACAGCAGGGAGUUUGAACAGAACUAUGCAACUGGUUUGGCAAUUCCAUCCGACAUCCGACUUUAUGGGCAGCAACAACAAUAUCAUGAUACUAUCAGUGGUCAAAGAAGCAGCGGAUAUUUGCGAGGUGGGGAUCCUGGGUUUUCGUCGCAUUAUGGUCAUCAGAAUCCCGCCAUGGGCUCCUCUUACGACCGGAUGAGCACUUCUGCAAUGGAUAAAUACAAUUUCCAACUCAAUGAACUGAACCACGCGAGGGUUAACCCUUUGGCAGCUGUGCCACCGCAUCAUACAGCAGGUAGAAACGGGAUCCCUGAUCUACGUGCUCCACCGCCUGGAUACCGGGUAGACUCUAUGAACUUUGCUCAGGCUCCGUAUCUCUCUUAUUCUCAGCACAGCUCAUCAGGCUGGCUUAAUUGACUAGGUAGUUCGGCAAUUUUCAUUUAUGAGUCUUCGCUUGGAAAAUGGAAGGUAAAAGUAUGCGAACAUGUAAAAUAUCAAUGGUGCAAGUUUUUAUCUUAUGAGCUUGUUUCAGUUUGAAUAGAAAUGAUGUUUUUGUUAUGUUCAAUUUCAUGUGGUCAUUGCUACUA